AGUCAUAGUAAAAGUAUUUUUUAUUUUAUUAACAUAUUACUUAGUACAGAAAUUAAAAAAUAAAUAAUGGAAUCAGUUAAAGAGUUGUGUUUGGGCGGGUGCGGAUUUUUCGGGUCACCAGCUAAUGAAGGACGUUGUUCUGUUUGUUACAAAGAAUACAUCGUGAAGAAACAAUUAUCUUCCUUACCAAAACCGGCUGCUACAAGUUCAAAUCCCGAGUCAUCUUCAUCUUCAUCUUUAUCUUUAUCUCAAUUGGCUGCGAGUUGUUCAGAAGAUUUGAGUGACAUUGCAGGACCUGAAACUGCGACUUCGGAGCCAGAAAAAUUGAAGAAGAGAAAUCGGUGCUUUACCUGUCGCAAGAAAAUUGGUCUAACCGGGUUUGAUUGUCGCUGUGGUGGAGUUUUUUGCGGUCUUCAUCGGUACAGCGAUAUGCAUGCUUGCAAUUUUGAUUACAAGAAGAUGGCUGCUGAAGAGAUUCGCAGAAAAAACCCAGUUAUUAAUGGUACAAAAAUUGAAAAAAUUUGAAAUAUUUGUUAU